AUGGCCUACAGUUGCUUCCUAGCUCUCACUACCCAGGAUCAGAUUGACCAUUUUACAUGUGAAUGGAACAAGACGGACCCAGUCAAGGGCUUUGUUGGCCAGAGACAUGAAUCUGUCAAUCUCACACUCUACCCUACGAAGACCAUAGUUACAAAGACCUAUAACAACAAAGUUGCUGCAUCAGCAGCAUGCUUCGACGGUUACCAAAAUGGUGAUGACAAGGAGUUCUGCACCCCUUGGAAUCUGACCCCAGAAAUCACAAGUUUCAUUACCACGACUAUUUUUGAACGCAACAAAGGGGCUGAUAAUAAGAGCCCGGUUAUCAUGAAGUUUAUCCUAUCCAGGGUAGACGGCUAUCUCGCUCGAUCCGACUUCUUAGAGCAGCGCUUAGAUGGGGUGAAGCACAUUGCCAAGGUGGUAGGACUUUUGCGUCCACUACAACAAGUCACGACCGCUCAAGUCCAGAUAGAUGGAACAGCGCAUGAUCUGAGCACACUUCUGUCGAUGUCUGUCGGUGCGGUCCUUCUCGAAACUGGCUCUGGCUCCGAUCUACACGACACCCUCCAGAGCGUCGAAGAGGCGCUCUGUAACCGGAUUUCAUAUCCAUGGGUAGUCCCUACAUCAAUUGUGCCAAAACGCCUUGCAUGGGUAGAAGGUCGCAAAGACGCGGAUACGAGCCGACGCAUGUACGAGGCGGCAGCAGCCCUGGGGAUCUCCCUGGUGAUCAUUGACAAGCCGGGGCAUUGGCUGCAGAAUGACAACGGCCCGUACGCCCAUCUCCGAGAAGGCUUUGUGGCCGCAAAUAUUGACGUGGAUGAGGGAUUUGUCGAUAGGAUCGUCACGGCCGUCCGCAGCUACGAUAAACCAAUUGAUGGCUUGAUGACAGUGAGCGAUAGCCGCAUGAUUGGGGUGGCUCGAGCGUGUGAGAUUCUCGGAUACUCUACCUCACCAUCUUCAGCCUAUAUCCUCGCCGGGGAUAAGUAUCGAACGCGAAUGAUGGAACCAGACACGCACGGGGCAUUUCGGGUCUUCGGGACGGACGAGUUAGAUAAGGUUCUUCGGUCCACCGAAGAAGUGUCUUAUCCCCUCAUCGUCAAGCCGUGCUUGGGGUGGGGAAGUCAAGCUGUCACCAAAGUGUCCACGGAAGACGAGUUAUUUCAAGCAGUUGAGAAAGCCUGUGACUGCCAUGCGCUUGGUCCACAGAAGCGAAGUGACGCCGUUAUUGAGCCAUACAUCGACGGUCCGGAAGUCGACGCGAACUUCAUCCUGCUAAAUGGCGAAGUGAUCUUUUGCGAGAUUAGUGACGACUUUCCGAGCCCUGGGGACCUAGACGCACAACAAAGCCAUAACUUCGUCGAGACUAUGGUCCAUAUCCCCUCAGCGCUUCCACCGCAUGAGCUGAAGGCCAUCCGGAAUGCGCUGCACCAGAGUAUUCUUCGUCAAGGAUUUCUAACGGGUACCUUUCAUUGUGAAGCACGUUUGCAGUAUUCGAGUCAUGAGUUCCGAAAAGACAGCGAGAAUGGGGUUGAGAAUUUGUAUCCUCGACAAGGUAAGACCAAUGAUGGGAAGAAGAGUGUGCGUGUGUACCUCCUCGAGAUAAACGCCCGCCCAGCAGGCUAUCUGGAGACUGUUGGCGUCAACUUGGUCUACGGAGUGGAUUAUUUCGCCCAGCAGAUGCUCUUCGCAGUCAAUGAAGAGCUUCGUUACAGGGCUUUGUGCCAUCCAUUCUUGAAUGGACCUCGCUAUAACCUCUCGGUGCUCGUCCUCCAAGAAGAUGUUGCCGGGAUCAUGAAGACCGAAGAUGCCACAGCGGAGCUCCUCCAUCAGUACCCCGAAUUGAAGCCACAUGUGCCGCUGUACGCGACAAUCAAGAAGAAAGGGGACAGAUUGGUGGGACCAAAGUCGAGCGAGGUCCAUUUUAUUGCCUGGAUGUUGGUCACGGCGGAGAAGAGACGCGAUUGUCUGCGGUUGGUAGAGCGGAUACGAAGUAAUUUCCGCUAUGAAGUAGAGUCAUAA